AUGGCAUCAUUACGCAUCUGCUCUCUCCCUCUGCGCGCCAUCCGGUCGCCAGCAACAGCGACAAGUCCAUCAACAUGUCUCUACCAAAACUCCCGUCGCACCACACCACGACACACCUCAACCACCCGCCCACACAGCACAUCAUCCGUCUCCGCCGACGAAGUCUCCCACUUCUCCUCCCUCGCGAGCUCCUGGUGGGACCCAAUGGGCCCCUCCCGAAUCCUCCACCUCAUGAACCCCCUCCGCCACGAAUUCAUCGCCUCCUGCCUCGUCGAAAGCCCACCACCCCCAACCAGAGACCCGAACAUCCCCAACGCCGCAAAACUGCACUACCUCGACAUCGGCUGCGGAGGUGGCAUCUUCGCUGAAUCGCUCGCGCGCACAAUCCCGCUCGAUCCCUCUGCCCGGGCUCCAACACCCACCCGCGCAGCAUCAAUGACAACCAACCAUCGAUCCGACGACAACACUCAUCCAGAUCGCGCGCGAGCACGCACGCAUGGAUCCAACAAGAUCACCUCCCCAUCUCCAUCACCACCAACAUCCUCAUCCUCAUCCCAGCCGGAGGCCCCAUCCACCACCCCACAACCACCCCAAUACGACAUCGUAACCCUCUUCGAAGUAAUCGAACACAUCGACUACGGAAACCACCAGCCCGCAAACCUUCCUCGCAAACUGCCUACGCACACUCAAACCUGGCGGCUGGCUAAUCGGCUCCACAAUCUCCCGCACCCUCCCCUCCUUCAUCCUGAACCAACUCAUCGCCGAAGCGCCCUAGCCCAUCGGCGUCGUGCCCCGCGGAACACACGAGUGGAGCAAAUUCGUCAACCCGCCGGAACUGCGCAGGUAAGCGGAGGAGGCGCUGAUGCGUGCUGA